AUGGGAACUUACUUCUUGGAGUCGGUUGAUGCAUCAAUUGAAUGCCAAGAUGCUCGGAUGAUAGCAGAUUUGCUUGAGAAGAGAAUUGAAGGUGUUGGAAAAGAGAAUGUUGUGCAAGUUGUCACCGAUAAUGGUGCUAACUACAAGGCAGCGGGCAAGAUUCUAAUGGAGAGGAUUCCUACACUUUAUUGGAGUCCAUGUGCAUGCCAUUGCUCGGACCUAAUGUUGGAAGAUAUAGGGAAGCUAAAAGCAUUUAAGAAGCCAAUUGCACGUGCGGAAUGGUGGCAUGCAGCGAGGACCGCAUUAGAGUUACAAGUCCACUACUUCGAGUGCUUAGGAUUGCGAGAUGGUGAUGAGCUUCCUGCCAUGCCAGAAAUUUCUGCACUAAUGACGGCUGCAAAGGAUAAGAUAAGACAAGCUUUUCCUCAACAAAACAAGCAAGGUUUGCUCAAGAUGGUCAUGACCAUUAUUGACAAACGUUGGGAGACUCAAAUGGAUCAUCCAUUGUAUGGGGCUGCUUUGUUUUUGAACCCUGGAAAAUACUUCUCUAUUAAAGAGAGUGGUGAUGAUGAACUUGUAGGUGAGCUAAGAAGUUGUUUCAAUGAUGUCCUUGCAAAAAUGGUAGCUGAUGUGCCCACUCGAAACAAGAUUGAUGCACAAGUCGUUCUCUAUGAGGACAAGCGACAAGGUUUUUCUAAUGUGAUGGCCAUCGAAAACAUGGGCAAAAGAAACCCUCUUGAUUGGUGGAGUUCAUAUGGUGGUCGAGCCAUUGACCUACAAAGGUUUGCAAAGAGGAUUGUUAGUCUUUGUGCAUCAUCAUCCGGUUGUGAGAGGAAUUGGAGUGCAUUUGAAUUUAUCCAUACCAAGAAAAGGAAUCGGUUACAACACCGAAUCUUGAAUGACAAUGUUUUUGUUUCAUACAACCGGAAGAACAUGGAUAGGUUUCAAAAGAGGCGUGAGAAGAUUGGUGACAAAAGCUAUGACCCUCUAAUCAUUGAUGAUUUUGAUUGGGGCAAUGAGUGGGUUGACCCAACAAUGCCUCCACCCCAAGGUGCUAGAGGGUGUCCCGAUGACAUUUCAUGGGAGCUUGUUGAUGAGGCUGUUGGUGCCAGUUCAUCGCUGCAAGGCCGCGCAACCAUGGGAAGGGGUCCCUCAAAUGCCAACAUCCAGUACCAAAGGCAGCGCAAAAGGCCUGCUCCAACACGAUCAUAUGAGUCAGAUGAUCAAGAAGAUGACCAGGUACAACGCUCAAGUGAGCCCAAUGGAGAGGAUGAUGAUUCCGACUAUGUUGAAGAUGAUGUGGAUGUGACCGAUGAUGAUGAAGACCCAACUAGUGCUGACCAAGAUGAUGAGAACCAAAAUGCUACCAUGGAUGACUUCGAUGAUCACUUUUGA